UGCAGUAGAGCAGUCGCAGUGGCAUCUCUCCAUCGCGAUCCAAACACAAACCAACAUUUGUCUCGCCGGCAAGCGCUGUCGCAAACCCCCAGAAAAGGAACCCCUUCCCGGACCACCAGCCGACGCUCGAUCCUCCCUUCUUUCCGCGCCGCGGUUUGAGACACGACCAUGCCAAACACCGUUGUUUCGUGGGUGCUGGUGGUGGCAGCGGCAGCAGCAGCGGGAUGCUUCCGGUCCGGUCCGUUCUUGGUCGCGGAGGCGUCCUCGGCGGCCGGAACCGAAACCCUCGUCGGAAUCGUCGGCAAGGAUUUCGUCCUGCUGGGGGCGGACUCCAGCGUGAGCCAGAGCAUCGCCCUGACGGCGUCCAACCUCGACAAGAUCGCUCCCCUGGCCGAUCCCUUUCCCGACGCCUACGGGGACGACGGAGGCAGCAGCAGCAGCGCCGGCAACCCCGGGCAUUCCCCGGACCACCAUUGGAAACGACGAACGCAGCGACGAAACGGCCAGCUCCCCAUCAUUGCCGCGGCCGCCGGAGACGCGGCGGACUCGGAUCGGCUGCUGAGCUACCUGAGGGCCAUCGGCAGCGUCGAGGAAUACACGAACGGGGGGGUCGGGUGCGACGUGCGGCACGUAUCGCUGGACGACGAGGAGUCCGUGGAGCCCAGCGGGGGCGGGCGGCUUCGCGCCGGCGGGGGCCUGGACGCCCGUUCCAUGGCGCACCUGGCACGGAGGUGCAUCUGGGAAAAACUGCGGUCCCGGACGCCCUACCGGAUCUGCCUGCUGGUCGCGGGGAUGGUGGCAAGGGAUGGCGGAAGGCCCGGGUCCACGGCGUCCGAUUCUAGUGGCGCAGCAGCUGCGGGCAGGACCGGGCCUGCCUUUGCGUCGCAAAAGGUCCAGAAACAGGUCCGCCAGGCCUGGAAGGCGGGCCCAGACACCGAAACCGGUGGGGACACGGCGCCUUCGGACCAGAACGGCGCACCCACCGGGCCGUACCAGCCCCGCCUCUAUUGGCUCGACGAAUACGGAUCGUGCCAGGAGAUCCAAUACGGAGCCCACGGCCACGGCGCCAACUUUUUGCUGAGCCUCCUCGACCAGAACUACCGGCCCGAUCUGACCCGGGCCGAGGCGAUCCGGAUCAUGAACGAGUGCUUCGAGGAGCUCCGGAACCGCUACGUCAUCAACUCGCCGGAGGCCCCUUGCAUCAAGUGCGUCGACGCCCGGGGGAUCCGGUGGCUGCCGCCCUCGGUGCCGCCGCAGACGCAGCGGGGGCGGCAGGGACGAACGAGCCAGGCGGCUCCGAAAUAUGAGAACGACAACGAAUAAUGAAUGGCAACAACCAAACGAGACGGUUGGUGGUCGGUGACGAACGAACUAAGUUCCAUAUCGCACCUGGGUGAUACUUUAAUAUUCUUUGCCCUACAAACCAUUCGAUGUGGGAAUGUUGGCGCAACGUGAAAACCUCAACAAGGAACAGCUUACUCCACCGCAGCUACUCCAUAGGAAUCCAACCACCAAUGAUGGGGGCACUACAGAGAAUACUAUAAUUGAAUAAAGGGUUCUGAAAGUU